AUGUCCUCGGAGGAGGUGUUGAAGGAGGAUAAGACGACGGUCCUACCUGAAGAAAACCGGAAGCGCGAGGUACAUAUCACCCAGAAUACUGUCCGACAGGCAUGCCGAGUGAUCGCCGGGAAACCCAGCACCGACCGUGACAGGCCUGAGACCCUCCAGAACGUUGAGGCCCGAGGAACCUCACUCAGUGUUGUGCGGGUACGUCCAAUGGGUACCAGGUACGUACCAUCAGAUGACAUGAUUACCGAGGAUUUGGAAGAUACGGUUGGGGAGUUUUCAAGCAUGAUGACCGAGUUUAGCUUGCAUGCUGACGAAGACAACAAGGACAACGAACCAGCUACGGUUUCCACCAGCAGCUCAGGUUCAGCAGACUCAGAAUCAGAUUCAUUGGGUUGGAUCAACCUCGGACUCAGUCAACUGUUUUAUUUUACAAAUGACCAAUGGAAAUCCCAAUACGAGCAACACGCAACUAUGUCAUUCGAAGAAGAGUUAGAGAUGUACGACCUUCUUGACCUCGAUGCACAAGGCAAUGAUGAUCCAGUAGUUGGGGACUUGGAAGCAGAAUCUGACAUUGAUGAGGUUGAUAUUGAUGAAGAUACACAUGCCAUUCUUUCUCUUUAA